AUGGUCUCCCAGCUGCACACAAUACGUUUAGCUAGAGAAGAUACUUCUGUGCCAUGGGGAUUUCGUCUGGAAGGUGGAACAGAUAUCGGUCAUGCAAUCAACAUUCAGCAUGUCGUCCCAGGAAGCGUAGCGGACUGCGGUGGGCUCAGAGCCGGAGAUGUUGUUGUACGCCUGAACCGAUCAGAAGCCAAAUGGAUGCGACACGACGAUGCCAAAAUGGAGAUUAUUCGUUCAGGAAAUGAUUUGGAAAUGAUGGUUCAGCGUAGUGCGGUGCAUGUGGUCCAAGCCUCAGCACCGGUCACUAUGCUGCCAAACAAUUCAUGGAAUAAAUCAUCUCCAACACAGACAGUCAAAUCAGGCACAGUGUGGCAGCCAAAAUUAAUUCAUUCGCCUCAGCCAUUAAGAAACGCCAGUGGUUUGGAUACUCGCACAAGUCUGGAGGCCACAAAUCAUGAUGAUGGUCAGGGAAUUGGUGUAAGUCACAAUGUAUCCCCGUUACCUUUUGGACACUCGCCCCCAGCUCCGGGACAAGCACUUGUAGCAAAGGGAGUGGAUGGCCGUUUUCGUCAAAUCAAACACUCGAGUUACAACUCGCCCAUGGGGUUGUAUCAUAAGAGCAAUCUGGAUGAAACUUUUGAACGAACUGUUGGCGCCUUCUCCGGACCCGGCAGUCAGCCCUCUCCAUCUCGGCCUGCAGGUGGUGCGAUGGCGAGGACUGACAGUGGAGUCAAAUCUUGUGGUUCGUGUGGCGGUUACAUUCGUGAUGUGUUUGUCAAAGUUCAGGGAAGAGUUCCAAUGCACCCAGAAUGUUUGAAGUGUUGUAAAUGUGGCGUUGGCCUACGCAAUGUGGGAUACUUUUACAUUAACGAACAACUCUAUUGUGAGCGGCAUGCGAAACAAGCCGCCCCACCACCCGAACCUGGUAUGAAACCAGUUGUUGUAUACAAG